AUGGUAUACACAACACCGCAACAACAGCAGAGAUUCAGCUCCACACCGCAAUCUAGCCACACUCUUAUCUUCUCGCCAAUCAGAGCCCCUUCAAUGCAAACGCCCUCCUCAUUGGAUUACCAAUCACCUUCAAUUGUUGUGUCAUCGUCUUCAAUGAAGGUUCACGGCCGGUCUUCCAGUUUCGGUAAAUUUUCACUGUCUAUUGGGCAAAAUGGUAAGGCUACAAUACUGGGGCCUAUAAACGUCCUUCCCACUGAUACAUCGAAAAUGGAGAAACCUGUACCAAAGAAAAAGCCUGUUACUUCUGACCGUGUCGAAAAGACUCGUAUAUUAUCUUUGUUGAAAAAAAUGAGAAACAAGAGCAGUACUGUCAACAAAAAAUAUAGUAAAGUACCAUUAAAGUCUACGACAAGUUUGCAACCAGCAGCUACUGCACCUUCACCACUAGUGUCCAACAUCAUAAAGCCGUCUCCCAAAAAGUUAGCUUCCCCAAGAACUCCGAAUGCAAACUCCAAUUUAAAUCUAAACUUUACUUCAUUUCAGAUUAAAACAGGUUUCACUCCCAAUCUCGAUGGAAUUUUACUUGAAAACUUCACGUCUCCUAACACAACCGCUGAUUCACAGGGUAAUUCCGCCAGUAACAUCAUAAAUAAUAAUCACGGUAGCGCAAAUAAUACCAACCAAUUUCUUUUUAAUCUACCACUUCAAUCAUCACCAAGGCAAUUCAGGUCUCCUGCAAGAUUAAUAGAUCCCCUUCCCAUAUCGGACUGGAACACCAGUCUCUUGAUGUCACCCCCAAGAACGACGAAUUUUGAAUCUGCAAACAAUCACUUCAAUUCAAAUUUUGCUCAAGCAUCGAUGUUAAGACGCCCUUCACUACCGCACAUAGAUGAGGUGAUUCCACAGGACUCUAAUCCAGCCAAUUACUCAGAUAGAUCGGACUAUCUAUCUGUGGACCAGAACGCCAAUAAUCAUAAUGGUGCACUUUCAGAACAGACCUAUAAUAAUAUAAUGAAAUCUUCUAUGAUUUCGUUACCUAUAGAAAAAGAUGAUGCCACAAUGGCACUACGAAAACUUGUCUCCAGAGAGUAG